AUGGCCAAUACUCACAAUACUAACCUUGGUCUUCGUAAGACUGUUCGAUUAUCACGAGCGCGCACCAGCUACUGCCUCAGGAAACGAUCCUCCCCAGCACAGUAUCUAGAGUCCGAGAAUGCUGCUUGGAAAGAGAUGAAAGGCAUUGCUGGCCUGACCACAAGCCCGAACGAUGUGGACACUUCACGCUAUGCAAUCCUUUGUACUGCCCAGGCAUUUCUGCCUGGGAAUGAAUGA